AUGCAUCUAGUUAUAUUAAUGACAUUCAAAAUCAGCAAGAGAAUAAAGAAGAAACAUGUGCAACACUUGGUACAAGAUUGUGCAAUACAAAGAUGUGUGUUGUUCCCACAGUCACAAGGGACGGUACACGGGGAGGAACUGGCCUAUGUGUUCGGCGCUCCUCUUGUCGGAGGCUUCAAUCACUUCGGUCUCAACUACACACUGGAAGAGGUCUUCCUAUCAGAACUCGUCAUGACUCAGUGGACCAACUUCGCCAAGACCGGGAACCCCAACCUGCCAACCCCGCAGCGGUACAAGACCCCGGGGGUCAACCUUAACUGGGAAGAGAAUAUGAAGACGAUGUGGCCAGCAUACGAGAAGCAACUCCAGCAGUACCUCCAUAUUGACAUGCAGGUGGUGACAAAGAACCACUAUCGCUCACAUCCGCUGGCUCUGUGGAACCACCUCAUCCCUAACCUGAUUAAGUCGACGCGUAUCAUGACGGAUCAAGGAACUCUGCCUCACCUACCAGGAGCUACACCUCCUACCAUCACACUCGUCCCCACGAUGAAGCCUACCCUCGUGAUCCCCUUCACGGAGCUUCCCACCAACUAUCCAGAAAAAGAAUGGUUUCAGCCCAAGAAGCAUAAAAGCCAGGGAGAGUACUACCCAGGAAAACACCCCGAUGACCAGGAUUUACAGCCCUCACCCACACACCCACCCACGCCCCCACCCACUCCCCAAGUUACUGCUGGAACCCCCAUCAGCAUCGUUAUUCUGGUUGGCAUCGCCAUCCUCUUCAUCAACUGUUGCGCUAUGGGUGGCGUGUAUUAUCAAAGGGACAAAAUCAGACACCAGUCUAGAUUACUAAAGAAAAAUCUUCGGCCUCGUAAAGCUGAUGAUUCUGAGGAAAGAGUGUCGGAAACCGCUGCAUCAAGUGUUUCAAAGAUCAAAUCACACAGGAAGAAAGGCAGCAGAAGUGACUAUGAAUUGAGCGAUGAAAUACAUUCUGAUACUGUGUCUCGAGCCUCUGCUGUGUCCAGAGAGGCGACACUGAAAAGAAAACACUCUCAGGCAUCACACGACUCAGUCUCUAAGCAAGAGACUCCAAAAGGCUCUCUUAAAAGCAGCAAAAGUCCCAAGAGUGGUCACAGAAGAAACAAGAGUGAGACCUCAAUAUAUAGCGAAAUUGGGAAGACGGCUGAGGUUGACAUUCACGCUGAGGCAACUGGAGCCUCACGCUCUCCACACCGUAAGAACCCCACCGUCAAGUUUAUCACAAUGAGUGCAAACCUUCCCCCUAAAGCUCUGACCAAGAGUACCACUUCCAUUUCAUCUAAAGCGUCAAUCAAGAGCAACACUUCUCAUGCGUCUGUGAAGAGCACUGCUUCCCGUUCCUCGGUCAAAAGCACAUCAUCAGAAAAUCGCCUUAAAAAGAACGCGAGUUGCCAAAGUUUACCCACAGCAGAAUACACUUGGGGUAUAACUCCAGAGAUGACAAUGUCAGAGAGAGAUGACCCUGAUGGACGAGACGAUCAGCGAGGUCCUGCUGACAGACAGCAAACUUUUGCAGCCUUGCAAAAAUUCAAUUAUCCAAAAGUGUUGCCCCAGCCACGCGAAGGCAUCCAUGCUGCUACCUUGCCAAAGAUGCGGCCACCUCCCCCACCCCGAUCGACCUCCCUUACGGCCCGGGAUAUUCAAGAAUUUGAGAACAGAAUUCGCGUUGUUUACCGUAAAAAGAGAAUCCCACGAAGAGAUGUUUCUACAGACUCAUGUGAUCUUAGUGCAGUAGAUAACAUUUACCUGAUCGGGGCAGAUGCAGUGCCCCCUAGUUCCAUGUAUGGAGCUCCUGCUGCCACAGCAACGGUAAGCAGAUCAAGGCCUCGUAAGAAUGACGGAGCUACUGAUUAUGGACAUACCGGCACCUCUGCCGAAUUCGUUCGCUCGGGUCCUUUAGGUGAGUAUGGACGAUCAGCUAUCGCAGCUGAUUAUGGGACAUCUGUAGGUGCAGUGGACUAUGGUCGUCAGGGGGUCGGCCCAUUAUAUGGUGGGUACGCAACCUACGAGCCAACAUACGCGUACAAGGAUAAUAAUGUUCUCUCUUCUCCAAAGACUCCUACUUCCCCACAGCCUGGAGAACAGACCAAAUCCUUUGGGUCUUAUGGCGAGCCUCGUGUGCCUCGUGGACCACUUGCUACCUUCGGCAAGACAAGUAAUCAUUCUCCAGGAGAUGGGGCGGCUAAACCAGAGCAAGGGCGCUCACGCCCAACUUACGAGAGUACUGCUACGUAUACACCAGUGCCAAACAGUGCAGCAGUAGUCACGGCUGCUGCACAGACUGCGUUGGCUACUGCUACAGCCCCAGCUUUUGUUGGUGCAUCCAAUAGCACCAGAUCUGCGCCUCGAAGUCCUGUCUCUCCUGCGCCAGCGCCCGCUGCCACACACACAGUGGCUGUAAGACAGCAGUACUCCACCACCUCUGGCUCUGAUACAGGUACAGUUUAUGAACAGAGCGAGAACACUGGAACGAUAAAACGCAAGAAAUCAAUAAAAAAAGACAGUGUAACCAAACCAGUAGUCGCUCAAGACCCAGAGAAAUCAUACGAUAAGCCCCUGAAAGGCGUGUUGAAGCAGACUUCCGCCUACGACAAACCCAAACCACUAAUGGCAAAAGCACCGGGUGCGUCUCCAAGCCCCUCCGCGUCCAGCCUCAGCAGCAGCGGCACCAGCAUAGAAGUUGGCAGCAGUGCCAGUGAAGCACCACACAGUCCCAUCCUGAAGACCCAAGAACCCCACCAAAAGACCCAGGAGUACCUCCAAAAGACCCAUGACAACCUCCAAAAGAAUCAUGAACCCUUGCAAAAGACCCUCCAAAAGACAUCCUCUAUGAAAAAGGGGACCCGAGUGGCCACUCCAGGCAUCAGACGCAAGAAUAAAAGUGACAACCAGACCAGCAAACCCAUCCAGACAGACUCACCGAACUGAGCACUGUAGACACUCGCCGAAAUGGGCACUCUACUAUCUUAAGAACCUUCCUUGUUGAUCCCGGGUUUCGCUCGGGAAUUGUGUUUGUGCAGUCGUAAACGUUGUUCAGGUUCGUAACAAUAAGUAGACUCUUCUGUUUGAGUUCCUUCUUAAUAUUAGAAGGAAAAAGAAAAAGACUCAGGAUUUUGGUAUAUUUAAGGUUCCCAGGUUCUCAUAUUCCAAGUUAAUUACUGAGGCGAGGAAUAGAAAUCAGGGUCUCAUAAGUGUUGGUCCAUCUGGUGGUGGUUUCCACUGGUGGUAGUAUUUUGUUUGUCGGGUAAAAUAAGAUUUCAUUCUUGAUGACCAGCUCAGUGGAGCUUUUCAACAUUUGACCGAAGCUUUCCACCGCCUACUGUCCAAUUAGUAAAAAAAAAUCAUAAAACAAGAUGUGAUAUUUACAUUUCACUACACAGUUUAUAAAGCUGUGGAUCACUUUUUCGUGUCCCAGAAUCACAAUUUUCACCUACCCAGCCCAUUUAUACCUCGUGUUAGAGGCCCCGCUGACCCCAUAAUAAACCUUACCUCAACGGGGACCGACAGUCCAAGCAACAGAUUUCAGUACCUUGGGAGUCCGCCUAACAUAGUGCGUCUCAUCCAUUUGUGUUGUCGAAGUGGAUGAGGGAAAUUGUUCCUAGAUCACGUCUAUUUUUUACUCAUAAAAGAUUGUUUUAUAUUCAUUCAUACAUGCCCAUGACAUUUUUGUAUACUAUAGACUCUUCUCCUGUCCAGGGAUGGUAUCAUUCUCCAUGAUAAUGAUGCACCUCACUGUUAAUUUGUGAGUAGCUCUUUCUAUUUCUAGAAGGAUUUUCAUAGCUGACAAGUGUUUAUGAUAAUUCUGUUAGCAGCAAACGAUGUUUUAAUAAUUCACACGUCAGGAACAUUGUUAAUGUAUAAGAUAUAACAAAAUGUAACGCUUAUAUCAAAUAAUUUUCAUAACUGAAGAAAAAAUCCAAACACAGUUUAUUGAAACCAUACACGGGUGGGGUUAGAACCCGCCAUCAGUCAUAAAACUCCAGACCGACGCGCUGGCCACUGGGCCAGCUAGCUUCAAUAAGAUUCAUCCAACUAGGUAUGUUUCUACACCAUAGGAAGGUUAGCAUAGGCACCACUAUGAAGACAAAUGCAAGU